CAUUACGUAGAAUGUAUCAUGGAUGUCGCAUAAUUCUGGAUAAGCUGGAGGCUCGUAACCCAGAUGUCCAUCUAUAGCAGUGAUUAAUACCUAGUUAUUACACCCUAGACCCUGCCCUGCUCUUCAUUCACUCUUGCUAGUUCUCUUGUCCUCAUCACCAUACACCGCGAGCCACCCCCGCUCCCUCUACGAAGCUUGCGAUAAACAGUAAUUACCCUUUGUUGUUAUGCAACAUCAUGGAGAAUGCCCCUAUCGUCAUCGCACACUCGCAUGCACGAACCGCCGCAUCAGAGCUGUCCAGAGCAAACCCCUCAGCUGCCACUACAGAACAUGAACUUGCGGCCGAAGAGUUCUCCAAGGCUGCAGGAGCUACUGGAGAUGUAGAGGCUCUGCGUAUUCUCAAACUCCUAGAAGAGUACCAUCACGAUCUCGCCAAAGCCAUCAGAGCAGAACCGCGCCCUGCAGCACAUACCAAAGCUCACUAUGACUCGUCGACAGGUCUCACUCUGACCGCGGCACCCAACUUUGUUUCCACCACUGAACAGGAAUCUUCGCCAUCGCCAUCGCCCUCGCAUUCUCGCGCCUCUGCGCCCAAAGCCUCAAGUCGCCAGCGUCCAAGAGAUCUUGCUUCGUCGAUCGCCAGCAAUCUCGCAUCUGCGCGAGGAAUCCCAGGAGGCCAGCAUCGUAGAGGUGCACCCGUGUCUCCUACUGUUACCACUCACAAUGUUGCUGGGAACGCGUCGUCCACUCGAGGGAAACAGAAGAGAAGGGACUUGUCACCCUCCUCGGCCGUGGUAGCAACUCGAAGGCAGCUAAGAGGCGGCGAAGAUCUCGACAUACCAAAACCUAUUGUCUCUAGUGCGCAGAAUACAAUCCAUGGCGGGGGUUAUGAUGGCCUGUCAUCGCAGCGGGAUACAGCCUUUCAUCGUUUCUACACCAACUUUGAAGGCUACUUCUCAAGUCUUACCGCCCCUCUGGUAUUCGCCGGAUUCCCCUUGAGUGGAACGACAAGUGGUCCGACGCCAAAGGGCGAUCCGGUGACUCUUCACAAGGGGAAGUAUUCCGAAUCCACUACCAAAACUGAUGAACCUGAUAUCACUAAUAUAUUCUCUCGUGCUACACUCCGAGCCGUACAAGGCGCCCCCGGGAAUGGCACUGCAGCAGAAUCCUUCUAUCACGUCCCUACAUCUGGUGGUACAACAUCAUAUGCGCAGAUGUUACGGCAAGAUAGAAGUGCUGCGGAGCCUCGUGCUUCUGCAUCUACUGACCACGACGAGUUUGUAGAUGCAUCUGAGACACCAUACCCCCCCUCACCGCAACACUCCAGACAUGGAGCAAGACUCUCGUCAAGCAUCCUUCGAAAUACUCCGCUGGCUGGCGGUAGGAAUAUACGCGGGAAGACUCAGGAAGAACUAGAGCUCGAGACUAAGCAACAACGAGAGAUUAUCGACAACCUUAGCAAACGACUUCUCCUGUUUGAAACACACUCGCAGUCACAACGUUUAGCACUCGCACAGUCAAUGCACUCUCAGCGUCCACCGUCACGUUCGGGAGACAAACGUGAUGCUACAGCAGAUGUUCCCCCUGUGCCGCCUCUUCCAAAAGCUGUCGAAAGCCCGUACAUCGACACUGAUGCUUCGACAAAACCUAGUGUGGUAGACUCUCAGGUUGACGAGCUGCAGGCUUCCAUCGUGGCUUUGCAACGAGAGAACGCAAGGCUGGCUAGGGAAAGCGAGAAACGCGCGGCUGUCAUCACUCAGUACAGACAGAAGUGGGAGGGCUUAAAGUCUGCUGCGCGGAAGCGACAGAGGGAGUCAACAGCAAUGGACCAAAGUACUUCAGUCAAGGACUUGAAGACCAAUCCGCACACAUGAUAUUGAUAGUUCCCUUUACUUUUUCAUCGGUUGAUAUACACCUAAUGAUUACGUGAUAUAUGUCUUUAUCAAGUCAAGUACCACACGUACGUGGCGCUAGAAAGCCCCGCCACGAU